AUGUCAGAGUUCUUUUACCAGCCAUCUCCAAAUCUUCCCAACAUUAUGACAAUCAAUUUUCGACCUCCAAAGCCAAAAAAGAUCCUAAAGCCUGCACUUUUGCCAAUUGAUCGCUCUGAGUCCAGCUUUAAAAAUAUUCAAAAAACAAUUAUUAAAAGAAAUCAAUCAGAAUCAUUUCUUCGAAAACCUAUAAAAAUCGUGCACUUAGAGUCCAUCUCAAUAGACGAGUCUUCUCCUCUACAAGAACCCAAAAAACUAUCACAAAGUUUCGCUUAUCCAAGCUAUAAAACUAAAGAAAUAAAUACUUCUUUUCAAGAAUCCAAUAGUCAUGAGCCAAAACAAAUGCUACUUGACUUGGUCGCCCAAGAAAAAGAAACAUUAAAAGUCCUUGAAAAUCGAUGCCAUAUCCUAGGGGAAAUACAAAAAAUUGUGGAAACAAGUUCUGUGUUUACAGAGCGUGACGGUGAAAAAAUCAUGAAAUUAAUUCAAGAAAUCAGUGUAACUAUUCUAGAUGCAUCAAACAGAGAAAUCGAGCUAGGGCUAAAAAACCGUGAAUUGGAACAGAAGAAGCUACAGCUUUCUUUAAUUUCUCAAAAAUACGAAGUUUUGCAGAAAAGGGCUCUAAAUUCUGAAAGCGAGUUAAAAGAUCUGAGAGGGAAAAUCAAAAAUUUAAAUAAAGAAAAUGCAAAGCAAGCAAAAGUGAUUAUGACAGAAAAACAAAAAUUUUAUCGUAAAUUUUAAAUAGAAAUUGCAGGGAAAUUGCAAACAUUAGAAGAAGGAUUUUGGGCUAUGACUGGAGAUGUGAAAAUACAAAGCGAAGAUGCGUGUGGAAAGCUAAAAUCUGCUAUAAAUGCACUGAUAAAAGAUGGCCACGAGCAUAGGAAAGAAAUAGGUGAGCUGUAAGAUUUAUUUAGAAAAAAAGAAAAAGAAAUGCUUGAACAAACUAUUAAAAGACUGUCAAGGAAAAUUUCAAGGCUUACUGCCAAAAUAAAUGAAAAUAAAAUCAGAAAUUCCGAAUAUGAAAAACUCAAUGAAGCAGGGGCUAAGUAUUAUUCUGGGUCGUAUUCAAGAGAAAUAAAUCAGCCAAGAACUUUACCAUUUAGAAUAAACUCUUUAACAGGCGACAAUUAUAGUUUCAUGAAUGAAAUAAUCGAGCAUGGCAUACAAGCUCUGCCUCAAUUCAUCAAAGAUCCUGCUUCUUUGCCUUAUUUAGAAAUUUUGGUAGAAAAAUUGUUAAAUCUAAACGAAUUUGUUGAACAAUUUGGACUCUUGAAGAAAACUUUAUCAGUACUUAUUUCUAAUGAAAGCUUGCCAGCUUUAAUAGAAACCGCUGGAAAAGAAACUGCAGAGCUGCUUAACUCAGAAAGGUGCCACUACUGGCUUUAUGAAAAAAACACCCACGAAAUCUGGACAAUUGACUCUCACAGUAAAGAAUAUCGCUUUUCUGCUGACACUGAUUUAUUUACUUUAUUUAAAGAAAAUAAAAAUUUUGUAAAUUCUUAUUCAAAAGAAUUUGAAACAAAUUAUUCUCCCGAAAUUCAAAAAGAAAUGGGCUACAAAACAAACUCAUUACUAGCUUAUCCUAUAUUUAAAGAUAAAGAAAACCUGAUAGGAAUAUUAGAAAUAGUUAACCACCAUCAACGAGUAUUUGAGCAUGAUGACGAAUAUUUAGCUGAAAUGAUCAUCCCUAUUUUAUCUGCUUUAACUUUACAAAUAUGCUCAAUGCAGCUAGAAACAAUGAUAAACAAAAUUAAAAAUAAUCUCAUCAAAUGUGGGGUCGAGCUGAUUAAAAGUAAAAAUUUAUGCGAUUUUUUAGAAGUCUCACUCCCCCCCUCCGUGAGUGAAAAAAACCAUUAGAAAAAUCGCUAUUUUUUGCCCAAAAAUCCACCCUCCGUGAGUUAACAAAAAAUUUUUUAAUAGAAAAAUGUUUUAUGGAAAAAAAUUUUGAUAUAUAAAUGAUAAUUAGUAUAAUGAAAUCUAGAGCUAAUUCUGUUUAAUUUUAAACGAAUUGCUUUUUAAAACAUAAAUUUUAUAAAUUAAAUUAAUAAUUUGCUUUCCAAUUUUUUGCGAAUUAGAUUUUUUUAAAUUUCGAAAAAAAAUAUUUUUUAUAAAAUUUAUAUUUAAAUUUUUUUAAAAAAAAAAAAAUUAACCCCCCUCCGUGAGUGAACAAAAUUUUUUUGUUCACUCACGGAGGGGGGGGGGAGUCAGAAAAGUGGCUAUGCAAAAUUUUUUCUGUGUCGACUGCAAGGGUUUGUAUUAGAUUGGAAAAUUGCAUUGUGAGGUCUGAUAAUGGAGAAAGAAUUACUAUGAGCUUAAAUACUGGUAUUUGUGGAUGUGUUUUUGAAAAAAAAGUAAAGGAAUACGUGGUGAACCCUUAUAAUGAUUUAAGGUUUAAUAUACUCUCGGAUAUUCAUGCUUCGUUUCCUAUGAAUUUUAUACCAAUAUUAGGAGAUGUUAAUACAAUUGCUGUAUUUCAAAUCCCAGAAAAGAUAAAAGUAUCAAGGCUCGACAGUUUGAUGGAAUUUGAUUCAGAAUUGAGUUCUCCUUUAUCUUUAUUUUCACAGCUAUUCACUGAGGCACUUACAGAUAUUCUUCAUAAGGAAAAUAGUUAA